AUGCCCGUUGUCGCUCCCCUGCUCCCGCUCGGCACCAGCCUAUCACUAGGCAACAAGCACUACACCCCCCAAUACAGCCUAGAUAAUCUCGUUCAAGAUAUCAAGACCCACCUCGGAGAGAGCGGUGGUAUUUCCUCGGCCGACGUGGAUAACGAAUACCUCAUCUCGCUAGCGCAGAAGUAUAUCUCUGAUCCGAACGACUGGGCCCGCUAUUUCUACAACGACACCAGCAAGAACUACACUCGCAAUGCCAUUGAGAAUAUCAACCAAAAAGCAAAUAUCCUCCUCCUCGUAUGGAACCCCGGGAAGGGAUCCCCCAUCCACGACCAUGCCAAUGCGCACUGCAUCAUGAAGAUCUUGGCUGGUACCCUGCAAGAGACCGUUUACAGAGUUCCUGAUCAGGGCUCGAAGGAUCACGGGCCUCUGGAGAUCAAGUCUGAUACGAGGCAUUCCAUGAACGAUGUUGCCUACAUCUCCGAUGAUAUCGGGCUACAUCGUGUUCACAACCCGAGCAGUGACCAAGUUGCUGUCUCUCUUCACCUCUAUACGCCGCCCAAUGCCGCUGACUAUGGGUAUAACGUCUACAACGAGGCUACCGGCAAGGCAAGCUUUGUGCCCCAGGCCAAAGCUGUCCCCCAGAAAGAAUGA